AGUUAUCAACGUUAUCUCACCUUCUCUCCUUCACGUGAAAACCAACUUCAAAGAAGAAGAAGAGAGCAGAAGGAAAAAUCAUGGAGGUUGAGAGAGACCAAACUGUAUCCUCACCAACGAUCCCUAUCGUUGAUCUAAGCAACCUCGACAAAGAGCUAGUGGCACGUGCGGUUGUGAAGGCGAGCCAAGAGUGGGGGGUUUUUCAGGUGGUGAAUCAUGAGAUCCCCAAGGAACUUAUCCAGAGUUUAAAGAAGGUUGGGACACAUUUCUUUGAGCUCUCAUCAGAGGCGGAGAAGGAAGCCGUGGCGACGCCAGCAAACUCCAAAGACAUCCAAGGAUACGUUACAAACAGCCAACAAGAUAUAGAAGACAAGGUUGAUCGAGUUGAUCAUCUCUUCCAUAAUUUACCGCCACCCACUUCGGUUGAUUACAGAUACUGGCCAAAAAAUCCUCCAGAAUACAGGCAGGUGAAUGAGGAGUAUGCAAGACAGGUAAAGAAGCUCGCAGAAAAGAUUUUGGGUUGGUUAUCCGAAGGAUUAGGGUUAGAUCGUGAGGCUUUGUUCAACCAAGGUUUUGGAGGUGGCGAAAAGGCGGUUUAUACGAUGAAGAUAAACUACUAUCCGCCGUGUCGUCCACAAGCAAAUUUAGUCCUUGGAAUGGAACCUCACACAGAUAUCCACGGUUUGACACUUCUGGUCCCCAAUGAGAUUCCUGGACUUCAGGUGUUCAAUGAUAACCAAUGGUUCGACGUGGAGUAUAACCCAUCUGUCAUCAAUAUUCUUAUAGGCGAUCCGAUCUGGAGAAUGAGCAACGGGAAGUACAAGAACGUGUUGCAUAGAACGACUUUGAACACGGAGAAGACGAGGAUGUCUUGGGUUGUUCUCUUGAAGCCACCUUAUGAUAUGGUCAUUGAACCUUUGACGAAGCACACAGGAGAUGGCGACGAGGCUCCCAAGUUUAAGCCCAUUACUUACGGGGAGCACGUAGAACGCAAGGUCAGGGAUAAACUUCAAAAGCGGUCAUGAGUGGAUCGUUGUUGAUUUGAUGUUGUCUCCUGUUUUUUUUCUGACAAUUCGUCGUUGCACGAGAUACACGAUCUUGACAGUAAUACAUUUGCUUUCACUUUGGUAUAUGAGUACAAAAGAAAUACAAAAGAACAAUUG